AUGGUCAUUUCAUCGGCAACGGAUGAUACCGUGGAAGCUCGACUAAGUUGUAAAGAUUGUUCAGUGUCUUUUAAUGGUCGUGACUUCCCGAUUGAUCUAAUUUGCUUACCCCUCAAGAGACUCGAUGUCAUUCUGGGAAUGGACUGGUUGUCUCUUAAUUCGGUGUAUAUUGGUUGCAAGGAGAAGGCCAUAUUCAUUCCUGCAGAAGAGACUUCUUCCGAUGAUGCAAUUACUAAGUUGAUAGAAGGUACGAUCAGCGUGGUCAAUUAUCUCUUUUCUCAAGAAAGAUCUUUUCUGUUAGUUCUUUCCAAGGAACCUUCUGUAAGUGUGGAGUUGUCUGAGAUUCCGGUGGUGUGCGAAUUUCCUGAUGUGUUUCCUGAGGAUAUCAAUUCUCUUCCUCCGGAAAGGGAAGCGGAAUUCUCAAUUGAUCUUGUUCCUGGUACUGCCCCAAUUUCCAUCACUCCUUAUAGAAUGUCUCCUAUUGAACUCAAAUAA